AUGGUGACAACAUCAACAACUGCGGUUGCUUCAACCACAACUAUUACAAACAACGGCAAUAUGUUGCUUUAUAACAAUAACAAUAAUGGUGCUAUAUCAGCGGUGGGCAAUGGCGGCGAAGGUGCCAGUAGCGCCGGUAUAACUUCAUGUAACACUGCUGCCGCUUUGGAACAAUAUCGUUUACAAUUAUACAAUUAUGCUUUAAAUAUGGAACGUUUAAGAGGACCACCGUAUACAGCGGCGGCAGCAAUGGCUGCGGCAGCCGCAUAUGCCUCUACCACAACCGUGUCGACAACAACUGUAAAUGGUCCCACAGUUCAUGAUACUAACUAUACAACCACGGGCCAAGGACCUCCACCUCCGUCCUCUUAUUUAUGCGCUACUACAGCAGGAAGUUUAAUAGCAGCAUCAAGUCAUAUGGGAAGAUCCCCCACUGCGUUGGCUCAAUGCCCCACCAGUAAUCGUUUGACACUGGCCUCAAUGUCUUUGUUUCCACAACGUAUAUUUCAGCCGGAAGAGCCGAAGCCUCAACAUAGUUACAUCGGUUUAAUCGCCAUGGCUAUACUCAGCAGUGCUGAGACUAAAUUGGUCUUGUCUGAUAUAUAUCAAUAUAUUUUAGACAACUACCCGUAUUUUCGUACCCGUGGUCCGGGUUGGCGAAAUUCUAUACGCCAUAAUUUGUCGCUCAAUGAUUGUUUCAUAAAGUCCGGUCGAAGCGCCAAUGGCAAAGGCCACUACUGGGCCAUACAUCCCGCUAACAUGGAAGAUUUUCGUAAAGGUGACUUUCGUCGGCGUAAAGCUCAGCGCAAAGUGCGAAAGCAUAUGGGCUUGGCUGUUGAUGACAAUGGCACAGAUUCUCCUAGUCCGCCACCAGCCAUGGAUUUAACUUCGCCCUCACCGCCUUCAUUCCAACACAUUGUAAUGGGAAGUAGCACUAUAACGCCUUUGGCGACCGCAGCCCAGCAUUUAGCUGCUCAGUCAUUUGGAUGGCAUUUUACGCAACACCACCGACAACAGCCCCAGCAUUCACAGGUAGGUGGUCAUGCGACAAAUGCUACUGCCGCCUCAUAUAUGGGCCAAAUAUUUACGUAUAGACCUCAGCACUAUGCAGCAGCUGCUGCUGCGGCGGCAGCUCUAUGUCACGGUGGUAAUGCACAGCAUCAUCAACAGCAGCAACUGAUUGCCCCUACAUCCCAUCAACAUUCGUCAGAUCCUUCCAUACUACAAUCACCAAGUAUACUUUCUUCCUCGCAAUCUUCAAUUGCUGCAACUAAUGUCCAGGCUAACGUGAUAAAUGAGAUAUUCUCACAAAAACGGAAGCGUCAAUUUGAUGUGGCAUCUCUUUUGGCACCCGAUUACUCGAACAAGCGUGAACUACAUCAACAGCAACAACCAUACAUUCGCAAGCAUACAACCGAAAGCGAAACAGAUGAUUUGAGAUCUUCUACGCCUUGCAAUGAUGAAAUACUAGAUGGAAACCCGACCACAAAUGAUCUCGAAAUUGAGGACAUUGAUGUUGUGGACGCUAGUGAAGAUGAAGACAUAGAGGCUGACUACGAUGAACCUGACGAUGAAGUGGAUAGUAAUAGCAAUAGCCAUAGUCACAGCCAUAGUGCCUCUCUAAGUCAUAAUGGUGAUGAUGAAUCAUCCAUUUAUAUAAGAAGUUUUAAAAACGGGCACUCAUUGCGUAUAACCCCAAAUCACUGCAAAAUUUCUAAAAUCAAUAUAACCGAAGAUGAAACAGUGAUAAGGGUUCAUGAUUAUGAACCAGAAGAUGAAUGCGAUGAAGAUCAAAAUUAUCAAUAUGGAGAUGAUGAACAUGACAACACAAAUGAAGAUGAGGAUGAAACCGCAUUUAGUGCCCUUCACAACAACAAUAACAAUCAAGACGACACGCAUCUCAGUAGUGGUAAAAGACAUAUAUCUCAAAUAUUUAAAGCCAGUUCAAGUCCCCUUAGGACACACCCCAACACACAACCACAACAAAUAAGCAGAAAUAAUACACCACCUCAACCCGCCUCUCAUCUUUUAACCACCCCAUCAUUACAUUUGGAACACACCAACGACAUUCAACCUACUCAGACACAUCAUCAUCAAAUGCCAAUGAAUGCUGAUGCCCAAAAUUUAUUCGGCCGCUAUUACGGCACGUAUAUGGCAGCAGCCGCCGCUGCUAGAAUAAAUUCUUCUAUUCCAUCAUCUGCUAAUAUUGUUGGCAACACAGAAUAA